AUGAUGAUGGAUCACACAGCCACGGUCGCGUGGUUCCCGGACGCAACGGCGGAGUCUUUGCCUCCGAUGAUGCUUGAGACCGAUCCUCGACUUUUGUGUCAGCAUCUCGAAGACUCCUCAGCCUCCAUUAUCUCAAAUGGUAGCCAGUGUCCCAUCUACAAGUACAGCAACACUUUGGCGUACAAACCAGUCUGCAGGAAGCGAGAGACAAAACUCAUGUUGAUUGCUGGCGACCUCACCCUCGGUGUUGUUAGCAAGGUCGGAGUGGUCGAUGACAUGAGCUCACAGUGGUAUCAGAAGGGCGCGUUGAUGGAGCUGGGAUAUCCCAUUGACGUGUCUAAGAUCCUCCCAGCUGAGCGCGUCUCGAUCGCGAAGCACAUGUUGGUAGUGGUGACGGCUUUACAUCGCAAAGGUAUACUGCACGGCGAUAUUAGACCGGAGAAAUUUGUUAAGGAGCCAGGGAGUGACGCUCUCAAGAUAGUAGACUUCUCGUCAGCACGGAUGAUAGAUGACAGCGACCUCAGCACAUGGCCGGGGGAAUCACCAACAGCGGAGUACACGUCACCAGAUCGAUCCUACGAUGGAGCAGCUUCGACACCAUUCGACGACUACUACGCCCUAGCCGUCUCAAUAUGGUCCAUUUUUUCUGGGAAGCGGCCCAUGGCUGGACUGUUCAACUCCAACGAAGGACAUGUCCCUGACAUCGGCAAGAUCACCGACGACGAGUUGUUCUGCAGCGUGGUUGACGUCCUGGAAGAGGGAGGGCUUCACUUGGAUGCCCCGGUCACACUGGCUCGGCGUAAUUCCAUGAGCAUCGAUCCCAGCAACCGGACCGUCUCAUUUCCUUUGAGUCUUUUUGGCGCUGAUCCCGACGACUUGGAUGAUCAGAACGGUGUUAAGUCGAAACCUCGGUUUUGUCCACACUGUUUUGAGAUAGCGAUGUCGAACGCGGAUAAGAUCACCGGCAAGACCCCCAAGCCAGCUGUCGACUACCCAGAGUUUUGCCAUUUGCGUAAAGCCACACAUGACGUGGGGGCUGCAAGCGACUACGCACUGCAGUGGCUUCAAGGCCAAGAGAUGGAAGUAGAGGUCGAGAAUCCACCAUACCCUGAAGCCACGUUACGACCACACUCCAACGAGGGCCAUCUCAGAGCCAGAUCACCCGCGCGGAACUCAAGCCUAAGGGUGGACACGAGCAUGGACCAGGAAGUCGAAAAGCCUCUGUGGUCAGGCGUGAGCGCGGCCACGAUCACGGCGGCUGAUCAAGCUUCAAGAAGAGACCGGUCCAACACGGCGCGCGGCCCUUUGCCUGCAGCGCCUUCGGCGUCAGACGAAGGGUACGAGUCGUUGGGAUGGACAAGUAGCGGGACCAACGAGCUGCAGCCCAAGCAACGGUCUCGAGGGCUGAGCUUCCAGAGGACUAUGAGCGCGUGGUCAGAAUCAUCCGUAGGUUCUACAACCGACGGUGACAGCGAAUCGAGGGGAAACGGUGAGACGGACGACUCACGAUCGAAUUGCUCCUCGGCACCGCUCACACCUAUGCCACUCAACAUCAAGCGGCUGCAGGUCACAUCAAGCUUUGAGAGCGUGGUUCUGUCUGAGGCGGAGGCUGAUGGAAACGGGAGGGGCCGACAAUCGGUUCAAAUACCAGACCAAGACGAGCAAGCAUCGUUGUGCUCCCGUUGUGAGGACCGCGUGAACGCGACCAUUUCCACGUGGGCGGCCGAAAAAUGGACCUUGCGGCGCAGUCCCGGAGAGCAAAUGCGGCCCCGAGGGCAGCCGCCCGACGCCGAGGAAGCAUCUGCCGCCAAGUUGAUAGAUCUGUUACAGCGGCGAGGUGCGAAAGACAUUGCAACGAUGGAUACAGCUCACAAGAAGUACAGCAAAGACAUGCUCUCUGACAAGGAUCUCGAGCGUCUCACAAUUACUGUAAGAGGUGAGGAUGGGGAAGAAGAACGGAUCAUGGAGCUUGAGAAGGAAGAACAACGGAAGAUUCACAAAAAGUACAAGAGCCACCAAUUCAAGACAAAAUGGGAGCCUCUCAGUCCCGAAGCACCACUGAACGAAGAAUGGUUCAUUGCGAACCCGGAUGUUCUCUCUGAGGACGACUCUGGGUAUCUCUGCGAGAUGUGCCGGCACCUUGACUUCGACAUUCUGUUGAAACAACACGGGCUUCCUAGUAAUAACAGCCCUUCGCUUCCCACACAGAUCGAGCUUAACGGGACGGCAGAUGAUUCAAAGGACAGCCGCUUCUCCAUCAACGUAAUCGACGAGGGUCCCGAAUAUGCUCUCAGGCUAGAGGUUUAA